AUGUGCAGCAGGACGCUCUGGGCAGCCCUGCCUGUGCUCUCCCUGCUGGCCUGCUCCAUGCAAGGGAAACCGCUGGAGAGUCCCGGCCGGGCGUGGGGAGGGAGAGAUGCUCACCGCUUGCUAGGGGAGCCUCCCGGAGAGCGGGAGGAGAGCACUUUCGACCUGAGGAUGUUCCUGGAGAACAUGAAGGUGGAUUUUCUGCGCAGCCUCAACCUGAGUGGAGUCCCUGCCCAGGAUAAAACCCAAGCAGAGCCCCCGCAGUACAUGCUCGACCUCUACAACAGAUACACCACUGACAAGUCGUCCACCCCUGCCUCCAACAUCGUGCGCAGCUUCAGUCUGGAAGAUGCCAUCUCUAUGUCUGCCACAGAAGAUUCUCCCUCCCAGAAGCAUAUCUUACUCUUCAACGUCUCCAUUCCCAGGCAUGAGCAGAUCACCAGGGCAGAGCUCCGACUCUACAUCUCCUGUCAAAGCCAGGUGGACUCCUCUCCUGAACCGAAGGGAAACAUGGCCAUUUACGAUGUCCUGGAUGGAGCAGAUGCCUGGGAUGUUUUUGAGGGAACCAAGAUCUUCCUGGUGUCCCAAGACAUUCGUGAUGAGGGCUGGAAGACCUUUGAAGUCUCCAGUGCCGUGAGGCGGUGGGUCAGGGCAGAUUCCACCAAGAGCAAAAAUACACUGGAAGUGACUGUGGAGAAUCACAGAAAAGGCUGUGACAAGUUGGAUAUCAGUGUCCCCCCAGGCUCCAAAAACUUGCCUUUCUUUGUCAUCUUCUCCAAUGAUCGCAGCAAUGGGACCAAGGAGACCAGGCUGGAGCUCAGGGAGAUGAUUGGUCAUGAGCAAGAGAGUAUGGUCAAGGGCCCAGCCAAGAACGACCUGGUGGAGGCAGAAGGCCAUAUGACCUCAGAGUCAUCCUUAGUCAGAAGGAAGAGGAGUGCGGGGCCCAGUAGCCACUGUCAAAAAACCUCCUUGCGGGUGAAUUUUGAGGACAUCGGCUGGGACAGCUGGAUCAUUGCUCCCAAGGAAUAUGAUGCCUAUGAGUGUAAAGGUGGUUGCUUCUUUCCCCUAGCUGAUGAUGUGACCCCGACAAAGCACGCCAUUGUGCAGACCCUGGUGCAUCUCAAGUUCCCCAUGAAGGUGGGCAAGGCCUGUUGUGUGCCCACCAAACUGAGCCCCAUUUCCAUUCUCUACAAGGAUGAUAUGGGGGUUCCCACCCUCAAGUACCACUAUGAAGGGAUGAGCGUGGCAGAGUGUGGGUGCAGGUAG